AGAGAGAGAAAGAGAGGACGGAGAGCUUGAGAGAGAGAGAGAAACUCAUUGCUAUCCUCUUUGCUGUCAAAGAGACUGAUGAACGUACACAAAUCCCUCCUCUACUCCUUUUCCUCCAUCUAUCAGUCUGUUUGGACCAGCACUCCAUCUAUCUGUCUGUUUGGACCAGCACUCCAUCGAUCUGUCUAUUUGGACCAGCACUCCAUCUGUUUGUUUGGACCAGCACUCCAUCGAUCUGUCUGUUUGGACCAGCACUCCAUCUAUCAGUCUGUUUGGACCAGCACUCCAUCUAUCAGUCUGUUUGGACCAGCACUCCAUCUAUCUGUCUGUUUGGACCAGCACUCCAUCUAUCUGUCUGUUUGGACCAGCACUCCAUCUAUCUGUCUGUUUGGACCAGCACUCCAUCUAUCUGUCUGUUUGGACCAGCACUCCAUCUAUCUGUCUGUUUGGACCAGCACUCCAUCUAUCUGUCUGUCUGCCAGUCUGCCAGCACGACAUUAGAGUGGGUGCAUUCGCAUGAUCAAUCCUAAGAGCAGAAGACCAGAAAUCUCCUCGGCCAACCAGAACCUUAGGUCCUCAUCCAGCCCAGCGCCCUGAUAGGCUAACGGUGGAAGAAGUGGAAUUCCCAGUUUGGCAUUCCCAAUUUUCCUGUCCUCUACCAGGUGGUGUGUGAUAUUCCCUAGCCCAACGGCCUGAUAGAGGGUCUGUCUGGGAUACCACAGGCCUUCUGGGUACUCCUCUCCUCUCCAUUACCAUGGCUACCAACAGGGAGCGGCAGGUGGGUCAGGUGGGUCACAUGACAGGGUUCCCACCUGCUGUCUACCCAUUUGCCUUCAACUCCAUGCGGAACCACUCCUCCUUUGACCUGCUGUCCAAUAGCAGCCUGUUUGGGAGAUUCAGCACCGACCUCCCUAAAGAGAUGGCUGCACUGUCGGUGGAGACCCAGAGCACCAGCUCAGAGGAGAUGGUUCCCAGCUCUCCCUCUCCACCUCCCCCGCCACGCAUCUACAAGCCCUGCUUCGUGUGCCAGGACAAGUCCUCCGGCUAUCACUACGGGGUCAGCUCCUGUGAGGGCUGCAAGGGUUUCUUCCGGCGCAGUAUCCAGAAGAACAUGGUGUACACCUGUCACCGAGACAAGAACUGCCAGAUCAACAAGGUCACCAGGAACCGCUGCCAGUACUGCCGACUGCAGAAGUGCUUCGAGGUCGGCAUGUCCAAGGAAGGUGAGAGACCAGUGCGUAACGACAGGAACAAGAAGAAGAAGGACGUGAAGGAGGAGUUGGUGCCGCCGGAGAGUUAUGAGCUGAGUGGAGAACUGGAGGAGCUGGUUAACAAAGUCAGCAAGGCCCACCAAGACACCUUCCCCUCACUGCUGCAGCUGGGCAAAUACCAUACCAACUCCAGUGCAGAGCAGCGCGUGCAGCUGGACCUGGGGCUGUGGGAUAAGUUCAGUGAGCUCUCCACCAAGUGCAUCAUCAAGAUCGUGGAGUUUGCCAAGCGCCUCCCCGGCUUCACCACCCUCACCAUCGCUGACCAGAUCACCCUCCUCAAGUCAGCCUGCCUGGACAUCCUGAUGUUGAGGAUCUGCACGCGCUACACCCCAGAGCAGGACACCAUGACUUUCUCCGACGGGCUGACCCUGAACCGGACCCAGAUGCACAACGCAGGCUUCGGCCCGCUCACAGACCUGGUGUUUGCCUUCGCUGGCCAGCUGCUGCCUCUGGAGAUGGACGACACAGAGACUGGCCUCCUCAGCGCCAUCUCCCUCAUCUCUGGAGACCGUAUGGACCUGGAGGAGCCCCAGAAGGUGGACAAGCUGCAGGAGCCCCUGCUGGAGGCCCUGAAGAUCUACGCCCGUCGCAGACGCCCCAACAAACCCCACAUGUUCCCCCGCAUGCUGAUGAAGAUCACUGACCUCAGAGGCAUCAGCACCAAGGGUGCCGAGAGGGCCAUCACUCUGAAGAUGGAGAUCCCAGGCCCCAUGCCUCCUCUGAUCAGAGAGAUGUUAGAGAACCCAGAGGCCUUCGAGGACCAGACAGAGAGCAGUGGAGAGAGCUCCCCACCGCCUGCCCCUCCUGCCGCUCCACCAGCCUCCACCAAGCCCCCCACCACCAUGAAGACUGAGGCCGAGGACGAGGAGGACAGCUGGGGGACAGAGAACGGCAGUGAGCCCUCCCCAGAGGAGGAAGAUGAGGAUGAUUAUGAUGAUGGGGAGGAAGAGGACAGGGGCUCGGACAGUGAGGGGGAAUCCUGGGCUCUGGAGAGUAGCAGCGAUGGGGAUAGGAAGAGCCAUGCCGGGAGGGCGCAGUGAGGAGGAGAGGCGAUCACACACAAAUACAGUCUGUACACUCAAAUACACACACUAACUGACGUAAUCAUACACACGCGUAUACACACACACACACACACAGACACACAUACACCCACCCUACCCCUUCCUAUGCUGGCCCUCCCUCGCUUUCCUCUGUAUCCUCUCUAUCUCCCUACUGCACAUCAGUCUCUCCAAGCAGGACAUGACAGGACAGCAGAGACUUACACCUAACUGUACAGACACUACAACUCAGGUUCUCUGACUCACAGGUUCCUGAUAAGUAACAUGCAGACACACAGAGAGACUUGCAGAGAUACUAUUAUAAAAGAGGGAUGGAGAGACGACAUGAUGCAACCGACUGGACUCAUGACUCCUGAUAUAGAGAAGAGGGAAGAUGGCGUGAUGACAACAACAAAAAAACGGACUCUCUGACAAAAAAAAAUGUCUCAUUUUUUACUAGCUUUUUGUUUGUAUCUACAUAGAGGAAUGGCCAAAACAGAAAACAUGAACUGAACAAUAGAUUAUUUCCAACGGAUGCAAAGCAAAACACGUCUCUCAUAAAGACAAAUACAGGAUGAAACCAAACUGAAUAUGCUAAUCGAUUUUUUUGCUGUUAUUUGCUUUUGAAUAUUGUUCAAUUUGUUCGUUUUUUUCUUGACUUUUCUUUCUCUUUCAAUGUAUUAAUUAGUCCAUACAUAUCUAUAUACCAUUAUAUUUGGUUUGUUUGUAAUCCUGGUUUUGUAAAUGAUUUCUUUAGAUGAGGUUUUGUUUUUUGAGGAGUUUCCAUUGGAUAUCCAGAGAGAGACGAAUCAGAAUCUGAACUGGCAGACCUCGAACUGAAUCUUCUUUCCAACUUCGCCGCUGGUGUUUUUUGGGCAGUUUUGCUCGCCGUAGAUGUCAAUGAUAAUCAACUCAGUAAUGUUGUGUUACAGUGACUAAAGUUGUGAUUUGUGUUGUUUAUCAGGGGACUAGCAUUAAUAUAUGUGCUUCCUUUCAACGCAACAAACUAUGCUGUCGAAUGGAUAGUGUCUCAGUACCAAAGUUAGCAACUCAACACACACUGACAUAUAAAAUUAUACACACACACACACACACACACACACACUAAACUUCAACCCUAUAACAGAUGUGCCAUUUUGGCUUUGUUUGGUAGACAGAGAUUGACCGUUGGCCGUAGCACUUGGCUAUGGCACUUUGAUAUCCUGUUUUAUACAAUACAUCUUUAUUGCCCAAUAUUGACAGUACAGUCAAUGGCAAUCUCAUCUUAUUCAGCAGUCAUGCAAUUGACGAACACGACGGAAAUGUAGAGAACUAUCCAUCAAAUGCCUGUGAAACCGAAGCACUAUUUAACAACGUACACAAGCAAACACUCACUGACACAUGAUCAACACACACACACAGACACACGCAAGUUCAAAUCAGGAACUGUUAUGGACAACGACAUGAAAACAGACUUCUCAGGGCUUCUUUGUUACUAAGGACCAAACCCUAGCGGCCGCCACGCUGUAGGGUGCGCUAGAAACAGGCAAUAUUUAUGUGUGUGUAUUUUUGACUCAGUCAGUCAGAUCUGACCAGUUAACUCCUAGCUCUGUGUACAUAGAAGAUAGAUGACUGUUCUACAAACGGCGUGGAUGCCAGCCAGUCUGUUACCCCUUUCACACUAUCAUGCCAACCCAAACCAAACCAGUGCUGGCAUAGAUAUUCUAUUUUCACAUUGUCCUUUCCAGCACAGUUCCAGGAACUAUGGUGGGUGCAUAGCCAAGCCAGCUCCGUACAGCUCAGUUUGGCUCGGCUCACUAGUGUGAAAAGCACUCAUCUGUCUCAGACCAGACCUGGCCAGCAGCAUUGUCAAUGACCUGCCUGACCUGUGCUCUGUGCCGCUGGCAUCCAAGAAACCAACUGCCUUCUCAUCCAAAGCCAUUACACCAUCAUGUCUUUGUAAUGUUGUAGGAUAUACCCUCUCUCUAAUGAAGUGGCAGGCCCAUGUGUCCUCCUGUCAUUUCUUCUUCUCAAUCUUCUAUGUUGCCAACAUGUCUCAGUCAAUAUGUAACCAACUGUUCAUAAUGCAGCUGGCUACGUGUACAUCCAGAGUUUUGUAAACAGUCUCGCUACGAAGAUACAGUAUAUGAACAGGAACGCAACAGACUCCUCCCAGCGGUAGAGAAAGAGGCCUACCGUACAGUUCUCUCUGAAUGUGUCCCUCCUGGUUGGUUUUGAGUGUGUGUACAGGCUUUAACAUGUCUCCUCUGUCACAGUGAAUGUUCUCUGUACGGUGCUGUGACGUCACACAGGAUCGCGGAGAAGCAGAGCGGCGAGGUUUGAUGGCCUCAUUUCCUCUCGGCCUGCCCUGCCAGGCCUUCAUGAUGCAAACGUUGCGAUUAUGUUGUUUUGAUGCCGGUGUUCUUCUCUGUAAAACAUGGCUGUGGUAUUGUCCAAUCUUCUGUUCAUACCAACUCUGUCAUACAAAGAAAAAGCCAUAUGAACUGUAAGGCACAAUAAAUUACUUUUGUGAGAUUAAUAACAUA